AUGUUUAUAAUUAACAUUUUAAUACUCAUUCUCCCUAUUCUUUUAGCCGUAGCAUUUCUAACACUAGUAGAACGCAAAAUCUUAGGUUACAUACAAUUCCGAAAAGGACCAAACAUCGUAGGCCCAUACGGCCUACUACAACCCUUCGCUGAUGCAAUCAAACUGUUCACUAAAGAACCCUUACGACCAGCUACAUCUUCCACCACCCUAUUUAUAAUUGCACCCGUACUUGCACUAACUUUGGCCCUCACAAUAUGAGCUCCCCUACCCAUACCACACCCACUCAUCAACAUAAACCUAGGAGUACUCUUCAUACUAGCAAUAUCAAGCCUGGCUGUAUACUCUAUCAUAUGAUCCGGAUGAGCUUCCAACUCAAAAUAUGCCUUAAUUGGAGCUCUACGAGCAGUAGCACAAACAAUCUCAUAUGAAGUAACACUAGCCAUUAUUCUAUUAUCAGUACUCCUAAUAAACGGCUCCUUCACUUUAUCUACACUAAAUACUACUCAAGAAAAAUUAUGGCUACUCUUCCCUUCAUGACCAUUAGCUAUAAUAUGAUUUAUCUCCACCUUAGCAGAAACUAACCGAGCCCCUUUCGACCUUACAGAAGGAGAAUCAGAACUCGUGUCCGGCUUUAACGUAGAAUACGCUGCCGGUCCUUUCGCCCUAUUCUUUCUAGCAGAAUAUGCCAACAUUAUCAUAAUAAAUAUAUUCACAACUAUCUUAUUUCUAGGAGCAUUCCACGAUCCCUACACACCAGAAUUAUGCACAACAAACCUAAUCGUCAAAUCACUACUACUAACAAUAUCCUUCUUAUGAAUCCGAGCAUCCUAUCCCCGAUUCCGAUACGACCAACUAAUACACCUCCUCUGAAAAAACUUCCUCCCACUAACACUAGCCUUCUGCAUAUGACAUAUCUCAUUACCCAUCAUAACAGCAAGCAUCCCACCCCAAACAUAA